AUGGCGCCAACUAUCAAGAAUAAGAAGGUUGGGAAGCGUUCCCUGCAAAACGGAAAAUCUAUUAAUGGUAGACCAGCAAAAAAGGCUAGAAUUUCAGUAGACUCCUCUGAUGAGGAGGAUCACAUCUCAGACAAUGCCUCCUCUUCUGAAUCCUCUGACGUUUCUUCAGAAGAUGAUCUUGAUGAUCUGGACAACAUUGUCUCAUCUGACUCUGAGGACCGAGGUGCUGAGGAGGAUGAGGAUGAUGGAGACGAGGAAGAAGAUGCAGAUGAGGACGAAGAUGGAUCUGACGUUCAUGUGGAAAACGAAGAAGAUGACUCUAAAGGUAACGAAGAAAAUAGCUCAAAUCAUCACGAUGAGCAGAGAAAACUGCUUAAAGAAAGAAAAAUGCAGAGGAAGUCUGGUAUUCAAGUUCAGCAUAUUAAAUCGUUAUGGGAAAAACUUCGGGUCAAAAAUCCUCUCGUGCCAAAAAAUGUGCGUGAAAAAUUAUCUAAUGAAAUUUGGGAGCUAUCAAAGGACUGUAUUAGUGAUCUCGUCUUGAAGCACGACGCUUCUCGUGUUGUUCAGUCGCUUGUGAAAUAUUCUUCAAAAGAACGCCGUGAACAGAUUGUUGCGGCCCUUAACGGUAAGUUUUAUGCUUUGGCAACAUCUGCUUAUGGUAAAUAUCUACUUGUCAAACUAUUACACUACGGAUCCAGGUCAUCCAGACAGGCAAUUUUGAAUGAGUUACAUGGCUCUUUAAGGAAGUUAAUGAGACACCGUGAGGGUGCUUAUGUUGUUGAAGAUUUAUACGUGCUGUAUGCUUCUCAUGUGCAAAAACAGCAACUAAUAAGAGAAUUCUGGGGAUCAGAAUAUGCAGUCUUCAGAGAUACGCAUGAUGGCUUGACAGUUGAACAAGUGUGUGAUACCAGUAUCGAAAAGAGAAAUAUCAUUGCAAGAAAUUUGCUUGGUACCAUUACUGCUUCAGUAGAGAAAGGUUCGGCAGGAUUUCAAAUCUUACAUGCUGCUAUGAGAGAACUGGUUAAGAUUGCCAACGGAAAAGAAAUUUCUGAAAUGAUUGAACUCUUGAAUGAGCAAUUCGCAGAGUUAGUACAUACACCGGAGGGUGCAGACGUUGCAUGUACUCUAAUGGCCAAAGCCACUGCAAAGGACAGAAAGCUUUUAAUCAAGUCUCUAAAACCACAUGUUGAAACUCUAUUAAAAAACGAGUAUGGGAAUAUCGUUUUCAUAACUUCUUUAUUGUGUGUUGAUGAUACCGUUCUAAUGUUCAAGUCAUUUGGUCCUUCUGUAAAAGAUAAUUUACAUGAAUUGAUCACUGAUAAAUAUGCUAGAAGACCGUGGUUAUAUAUUUUAUUGGGCCUCGAUGGUAAAUAUUUCUCUCCUCUGGUCAUGAAAGAUAUCAAUAGAUACAUCAAGAUGUCUGAAGAAACGUCAAAAAAACCAGCUUUGCAAAGAAGAUACGAAUUAUUGAACAAAUUUGCUCCCAUGUUUUUGAGGUGUAUAAAUAAACAUUGUUCAGAAAUUUUAUCUGAAAACCUGGGGUGUCAAUUCAUUUCUGAAGUGCUAAUAAAUGAUGAACUUUAUGAACAGUUAAGUGAACAAGAAACCGAUUUGUUCAAACAGGUGCUUGACACAAUAAUCACCACCUUCAAAGGCGACAUUUCUGAAGAGGAUCACCCAAUACAAAGACCAUUUUCAACAAGAUUACUGAAGGGAUUGAUUCAGGGUGGUAAGUGGAACAAUAAGGAAAAAAAGAUCGAAACGUUACAAAAGGUCGAGGGAUUAGGUGCUGAUUUCGCAGCUAGAUUUUACGAUGACAUCGUAGACUCCUCUAAUUUACUUGAAUGGAUUACCAAUCCAAACAGUUCAUUUACCGUUGUUGCAAUUUAUGAAAAGCUAAAUGAGCAGGAUAAGGGCAACCAAUUUCUGAGAGAUCUAAAGAAAAUCUUACCCGAAAUAGAUGCGUCAAAUGAAGAUAAUAAAGGUGCAAAACUUUUAUUGAAAUUGGUCAAUUGA